AUGGGAAUUCUAGAAAAAAUAGCCCAGAUCCAAGAGGAGCUCUCGCGCACUCAGAAAAACAAGGCAACGGAAUACCACAUUGGUUUGUUGAAGGGAAAGUUGGCCCGGUACAGAAGAGAGCUUUUGGAACCUCAGCCAGGUCAAGGUUCUUCGGGAGGUGGCCAAGGUUUCGAGAUUGCCAAAGCUGGGGAUGCCAGAGUCUCGCUUAUAGGUUUCCCCUCCGUGGGUAAAUCGUCUUUUCUCCUGAAGGUCACCAACACAAAAUCUGAAGCCGCCAACUACGAGUUUACUACGUUGACUUCUGUAGGAGGUAUCCUUGAGUACAAUGGCGCGGAGGUGCAGAUUGUGGAUUUACCAGGAAUCAUCAAGGCUGCUUCCCAGGGCAAAGGCCGUGGUCGUCAGGUGAUUGCCGUGUCGAGAACAUCCGAUCUAAUUCUCAUGGUGCUUGAUGCUACAAAAAGCGGGGAGCAAAGAGAGAUCUUGGAAAACGAGUUGGAAAGCAUGGGCAUUCGCCUCAACAAAGAGAAGCCCAACAUCCUGUUGAAGAUCAAGAAGACUGGCGGAGUCAAGCUCAACGCCACGACACCUCCAAAGUACUUGGAUGAGAAGAUUGUGAGUGCGCUUUUGAAGGACUACAAGAUUCAUAAUGCGGACGUACUCGUACGUGACGAAGACUGCACCAUUGAGGACUUCAUUGAUGUCAUCAACGAGCAACACAUGUCCUACAUCAAAUGCCUCUACGUGUAUAAUAAAGCCGACGUGGUUUCCCUAGAGGAGUGUGACAGGUUGGCUCGCGAGCCCAACACUAUGGUGAUUUCAUGCGAGUUAGAGUUGGGCAUCGACGAGUUGAAAGAGGAAAUCUGGCGCCAGCUAGGUUUGAUUAGGCUCUACACAAAAAGAAGAGGGAUAAUGCCCAAAUUCGACGACCCCAUGGUGGUGCGGCGCGACUCCACUAUUUUACAGGUGUGUGAUUCCAUUCACCGUGAAAUGAAGAACCAGUUCAAGUAUGCGUUGGUGUGGGGCUCAAGUGCAAAACACUCGCCGCAGAAAUGCGGUUUACAACACCCGGUGAAUGACGAGGAUGUAGUGCAAAUUGUGACGAAGUAA